ACAGUGCGCGCUCCUGGCGCCGGGGUGAGCGCGGCGCGGGGCCGCGGUGGCCUGAGGCCUGCCCGCUGGGCUCUGAUGCUGCGCGCCCUGACCUUCUUCGGCAUCUCGGGCUGAACUUGGCCUUGAGUCCUCGGCUCUCGCGCGCGCCCGUGUGUGAAGCGCGCACCUGCGGAAGACGAGGCGCGGCAGGGGGUUGCAGGUCCCCGCCCCCGCGCCUGCCACGCGUCGCGCUCAGCCAGCCCCGGCCACUUCCCGCAGGAGCGAGAGGCAUGGGGCCUCUGAAAGUCGACCCUCCCAGCCUUGACCUCUUAACCAGAAGAACUGAAAUUCCAUACGGCUAAUACAGUAGCCAGCCCACUCCCUCCAUCGUGUCCCUUGAAAGGCACAGGCAUUUGGAAGAUGCUCAUAGUGGCAAUGUGCUUGGCCCUUAUGGGCUGCCUACAGGCACAGGAAUUCAAGGGACACGUGUCCAUAGUCCUGCUGGGAGCAACCGGGGACCUAGCUAAGAAGUACCUGUGGCAGGGACUGUUUCAGCUCUACCUGGAUGAGGCUGGGAAGGGCCACAGUUUCAGCUUCCAUGGGGCUGCCCUGAUGGCCCUGCAGCAAGGCCAGAAACUCAUAGACAAAGCCUUGGAAUCCCUCUCCUGCCCCAAGGACUUGGUACCCAGCCAAUGUGACGAACUCAAGGGCCAGUUUCUACAGCUGAGCCAAUACCGCAAGCUGAAGACAGCCGAGGACUAUCAGACUCUGAACAAGGACAUCGAGACCCAGGUCCUGCAGGAUGGGCUCUGGGAGGCCGGCAGGAUCUUCUACUUCUCUGUGCCCCCCUUCGCCUAUGCAGACAUUGCCCGAAAAAUUAACAGCAGCUGCCGACCACACCCAGGUGCCUGGCUGCGGGUUGUUCUUGAAAAACCCUUUGGCCAUGACCACCUCUCAGCCCAACAGCUGGCUUCAGAACUUGGAAGCUUUUUCCAGGAAGAAGAGAUGUACCGGGUAGACCAUUACCUGGGCAAGCAGGCCGUGGCUCAGAUCCUGCCCUUCCGAGAUCAGAACCGCAAGGCCUUGGAUGGCCUCUGGAACCGGCACCACGUGGAGCGGGUGGAAAUCAUCUUGAAGGAGACCGUGGAUGCAGAAGGUCGCGCCAGUUUCUACGAGGAGUACGGCGUCAUCCGUGACACCCUGCAGAACCACCUGACGGAGAUCCUAACGCUGGUGGCCAUGGAGCUGCCCCACAACGCCAGCAGCUCGGCCGCUGUGCUGCAGCAGAAGCUGCAGGUCUUCCAGGCCCUGCGGGGGCUGCAGAAGAGCAGCUCCGUCCUGGGCCAGUACCAGGCCUAUAGCGGGCAGGUGCGCCAGGAGCUGCAGAAGCCAGACAGCUUCCAGAGCCUGACGCCGACCUUCGCAGGUGUCCUUGUCCACAUCGACAACCCACGCUGGGAGGGUGUACCAUUCAUCCUGAUGUCCGGCAAGGCCUUGGAUGAGAGAGUGGGCUACAUUCGGGUCUUGUUUAAGAAUCGGGCCUACUGCACCCAGAGCGAGGGCCACCGGGUGUCCGCGCAGAGCCGGUGCCUGCCCCAGCAGAUUGUCUUCUACAUUGGACAUGGCGAGCUGGGCCACCCUGCCAUCCUGGUCAGCAGGAACCUGUUCAAGCCUUCCCUGCCCUCUCAGAGCUGGAAGGAGGUGCAGGACCAUCCCGGGCUCCGCCUCUUUGGUCGUCCUCUGUCUGAUUACUACGCCUAUAGACCCGUGCGGGAGCAAGACGCCUACUCCACCCUCCUGUCUCACAUCUUCCACUGCCAGAAGGAGUCCUUCAUCACCACAGAGAACCUGCUGGCCUCCUGGGUCUUCUGGACCCCCCUCCUGGACAGCCUGGCUCUCGAAGUCCCACGCGUCUACCCAGGCGGGGCAGAGAACGGCUGCCUGCUGGACUUCGAGUUCAGUGGUGGCCAGUUGUCCUUCUCCCAGCAGCAGCCGGAGGUGCUGAUACCGGGGCUAGCGUCAGCCCCAAAGCCCAGCGACUUCCAGGUCCUCAGGGCCCAGUACAGACAGAGCCCGCUGAUCACUGCCUGGCCGGAGGAGCUGAUCUCUAAGCUGGCCAGUGACAUCGAGGCCACUGCGGUGCAGGCGGUACGACGCUUUGGCAAGUUCCACCUGGCCCUGUCAGGCGGCUCGAGCCCCAUAGCCCUCUUCCAGCAGCUGGCCACAGGGCAUUACAGCUUCCCCUGGGCCCACACACACCUCUGGCUGGUUGAUGAGCGCUGUGUCCCUCUCUCAGAUCCAGAGUCCAACUUCCAGGGCCUCCAGGCUCACCUGCUGCAGCACAUCAGGGUACCCUACUACAACAUCCACCCCAUGCCCGUGCACCUGCGCCAGCGCCUUUGUGCUGAGGAGGACCAGGGUGCCCAGACCUAUGCCAGCGAAAUCUCCGCCCUGGUGGCCAACAGCAGCUUUGACCUGGUUCUCCUGGGCAUGGGCACCGAUGGGCACACGGCUUCCCUGUUCCCACAGUCACCCACCGGCCUGGAUGGCGACGAGCUGGUGGUGCUGACGGAGAGCCCCUUAAGGCCGCACCAGCGCAUGAGCCUCAGCCUGCCCCUCAUCAACCGAGCCAAGAAAGUAGCUGUCCUGGUCAUGGGGAGGACAAAACGGGAGAUCACCAUGCUGGUCAGCCGUGUGGGCCACGAGCCCAAGAAGUGGCCCAUCUCAGGGGUGCUGCCUCUCUCUGGACAGCUGGUUUGGUACAUGGAUUAUGAGGCCUUUCUGGGAUGACAGGAGCAUCCUGAGCUUAGUCACCCUCAGGCUUUCUGUCACCUACCCAGUUGUGUCCCAGCUGUCUGGAGCCUUGUGCCAGAGUCCAGGCCCCAGAGAAGGGAGGACAAAACUCUGCCCCAGCAUCAUGGUUCUGUGUAAUUAUGGUGCCUAGGCAUGGAAACAGAACUCAGACUCAGACCUCUGCUCUGAAGGUGCCUCAAAGCCCAGACAGGAGAGGAGCUAAGGCCCCUCACAGUAUCACACCAGUGUCUACAACACACAAUAAGACAGGAGGAACGCUCCAUGCUAAAGAACCAAGGUGGUGUGCCAAGACUGGUGGGUGAUCUUUGAACUGGCUUCUGUGGGAAGGGGGUGAAGAGUUAGUUGGUUAAAGAGAAGGCUGCAGAGACUCCUGGGGAUUGUGGUGCCCAGGCGCCAGGCAGGAAGAGCAGAACCGGUGCUGAGACCGCACUGGGCGGCCUGCCUGCUCUGGCAGCCCUUCGUCCCUCUGUACCUGCUCUGGGUUGGACAUCUGCUGUCCUCUGCAUUCCCCGUUACCCCUAGCCUCUCCCUCGACACAGACACAGACACUGCCAUGUUAAAAAAAGAUUCCCCCCAAAUCUAAAGACCAGGGCUCCCUUUUUUCCCACUGAGAACUGUUCUGGUGUCACUGGGCCACUAGCUCUGCUCUUGGGUGACUGCAGCUCACAGCCUCUUUCUAGGCCUCUGUGGCCAGUUCCCAGCACCGGGGCAGACUGCAGCUCGCUCUCCUCACACUACCUCUUGGAGCUUCAAGCCUCGUGGCUGAUUUCCUCUGCCAGUAUCUCCAACCUCAUGCCACUAACCUAGUACCCCUGGGAACACUAUAGGCAGCUCCUAACUUCAGCCUCUUCGAGGGCCUCAGAAUUUAAAUUUUUAUUUUAAAAGAAAGCCAACAGCAGAAAGCAAGCUUUUCGGGGCAUGUACGGUUUCAUUUCCGCUUCCUGUUAAGUCAUGUGAACAAGGAAGGGUGCAAAAGGGUUAGGAUGACCCCUGCCUCAUGGUCACAUACUUUGUCAGUAACACAGUCUCUAUGGCUUUCAGAAUUUUCCCAGAGAGGGCCUUUUAUCUGGUGAGGAGCAUCAGAAAAUCUGUUUCUCUGCUUUCCAUUGAUUGUACUUUCUCCCAGGCAGUUCAUGAGAAAGAAUUCUUCCUUUCAGUAGAGAUGUGUGCACAGAGGAUAGCCUGAGCUGGAGUUCUGUAUGAAAAGCACUCUUGUUGAAAUUCUGCUUACUCUGGCCUCCCGCAACCCCGACUGACAGAACACCUCUAUUCCAAGAGAGCUACACUUGGCAUGAUGAAAGCCCUGGGGUCCUUCCCUGGCCAGCUUUGCUCAAGGUCGGUCGCAGGUAGUUGCCGGUGAAGUUCCAGCUUUGGCCAUGUGGGGGAGCCCACAUGCCACCACUCACAUUCCACACUGCAGGCAGGCUUAGUGCCAAACGUCAUUUCUUUGUGUCUCAUGCAGUCUGCCUCUCUGGCUUCUUAGCCCCAGUGCCUUCUCAUCUGUUCUUUAAGGACUCAGCCCUCAGCAGUUGCAACAUCGGAGAUGAAGGGGCCUUGCAUGCUGUAGGGGAGAGGGUGAACAGGCUUUGUGUCAGUGUUGUGAAUAAGAGUGAGUCAGCGCCCAGUGUGAGCUUAGAAUGUUCUGUUCUUACCCAGAAGAGUGACUCGCCUCUAUCUGUGGGGAGUGUGCACAGGGGAGGCCAGUGGGGAAAUACCAAAGAUUUCCUUUCCGGAAGCAGGCACUAAUAAAAGACAAAGGAAAUGUU